GAUUGGUAAACGGCCAAAAUAGAGUCAACCGACAAACUGUAAGGUCCAGAAAAGAUAUAACACUCGCGCCCUUAGACAAUUUACGCGCGUGGUUCUGGUAUUACCGUUGGUAUCCAUUACCUUAAAACAGUCUCUGGUUUUCCUUGCCACUCUCUUAAUUGUCUGAUAUCUGUCAUAAUCUCUCUCUCUAAACAAAAAAGAAAAAAACGUUGUAAUCAUAACAAACUUUACAAAAGUCUCUCUCCAUUGCUCGUAGCUUAGAUUGGUUUUUAUCAUAUAAUAACAAUUUUUAUUUUUGGAUUUUCAAUUUUGAUUUUGAUUUUUUUAAAUUUUUGAUUCAUAAACAUAAUAAUAAAGUUGUUGCCUACAUGUGCCUCUCCAUUCCUUUCUUUUGGCCUAGUGCUAAUUGUUCUUCUUCUCUUCUUGCAUAUUCAUUUAUAAAAAGAAUAAUGAAAUAUUAAAGCACUAAAAACGUUUUUGUGUUGCUCGCAAAAUGCAUUACAGGGUGUUUAGAUUGUGUUUCUCUUUAUAGGAGACUCUGGCUCUAAAUUUUUUAUAUGAAUCCUUUUUGUUUUCUUUUUUGAUGGAAGAGAGCAUAUUAUGAAGCUCUUUCCUUCAAUCCCAGGCUUGUGGUUUAGGAUGCGAGGAAGCAUAGAGCAAGAAACGAGAUUAAAGAGUUUGCAAUUUUUAAGUUGCAAAAGAAAUUCAAUCAAGAAUGAUUCUUGAUGAUGAAAGAUGCAAAUUUUGAUCCGGGUUUUUGCUGGCAGGAAGAAAAGGACCUGACUUGCUGAUUAUAGUUAAGUAGAGGAAGUCUUAUUUAUCGGUCGAUUCAAUGGAGUCGCCACUUCUUUUGUCGAGUCCAGCCCCCAGGAAAAAAAUGACCAAACAGUUGACAGGAAAAAAAGAUGAUACACCAUUGCAUUCUGCAGCUAGAGCUGGAAAUUUGGCAGCUGUAAUGGAAAUACUUACUAAUACUGAGGGGGAAGAGUUGAAGCAAUUGUUAGAAAAGCAAAAUCAAUCAGGAGAGACUGCCCUUUAUGUAGCUGCUGAAUAUGGUUAUGUUGAUUUAGUUAGGGAGAUGAUUAAGUACUAUGAUCUUGCUGAUGCUGGUAUUAAAGCAAGAAAUGGGUUUGAUGCAUUUCACAUUGCCGCCAAGCAAGGGGAUUUAGAUAUACUGGAAAUUCUAAUGGCGGCACAUCCAGAAUUGGCUAUGACUGUUGAUUUAUCAAACACCACAGCUUUGCACACUGCUGCAACCCAAGGCCAUAUAGAGGUGGUGAAUUUUUUAUUGAGUGCAGGGAGUAGCCUCGCAGCUAUUGCUAGAAGCAAUGGGAAAACUGCCUUGCAUUCUGCUGCUAGAAAUGGUCAUUUAGAAGUUGUUAGAGCACUCGUCGCAAUGGAGCCUGCAAUAGUGACAAGGAUAGAUAAAAAGGGGCAGACAGCACUGCACAUGGCAGUGAAGGGUCAGAAUGUUGAAGUGGUGGAGGAGUUGAUAAAUGCAGAACCUUCAUCGGUGAACAUGGUGGAUACCAAGGGAAACACAUCAUUACAUAUAGCCACCCGAAAAGGAAGAUCUCAGAUUGUUAGGUUACUACUGAGGCACAAUGAAACAGAUACAAAAGCUGUCAAUAGAACUGGUGAAACUGCCUUUGAUACUGCAGAGAAAACGGGGCAUCCUGAGAUUGCAGCCAUUUUGCAGGAGCAUGGGGUUCAAAGUGCCAAAAACAUAAAGCCACAAGCUACAAAUCCGGCACGGGAACUGAAACAAACAGUGAGCGACAUCAAACAUGAAGUUCACUACCAGUUAGAACACACCCGUCAAACUCGGAAAAGAGUGCAAGGCAUUGCUAAACGUCUAAACAAAAUGCACGCAGAAGGCCUUAACAAUGCCAUAAACUCCACAACCGUCGUAGCUGUCCUCAUUGCCACAGUUGCCUUUGCCGCCAUCUUCACUGUCCCUGGCCAAUAUGUGGAUGACAAGAACGAUAUCCCCAAAGGGCAGUCACUUGGGGAGGCGAAUAUUGCUCCACAAGCUCCAUUUAUAGUAUUCUUCAUCUUCGACUCAAUUGCUCUCUUCAUUUCUCUAGCUGUCGUGGUGGUGCAAACAUCUGUUGUUGUGAUAGAAAGCAAGGCAAAGAAGCAGAUGAUGGCAGUCAUCAACAAGUUGAUGUGGAUAGCUUGUGCACUUGUUUCAGUAGCAUUUCUGGCUCUGUCAUUUAUUGUAGUGGGCAAGGAGGAGAAGUGGUUGGCCAUCAGUGUAACAAUCAUAGGAGCAACUAUAAUGGUUACAACUCUUGGAACUAUGUGUUAUUGGGUAAUUAAGCAUCGGAUUGAAGCCUCAAAUAUGAGAAGUAUACGAAGAUCAUCCGUGGGAAGUAAAUCACGAUCAUUUUCAAUGUCUGUCAUGUCAGAUAGUGAGAUCUUGAAUAAUGAGUAUAAGAAAAUGUAUGCAAUUUAACACCUUCAUCUUGAACUUAUUUUUUUCCCUCCUCCGUAGGUUGGCUUCUAAAUGUACAUUUCUUACCGAGCAAAUCAUAUAUAGGCUUUUUUUUA